AUGAGUCUGAUGAUCUUAUUCCGGGAAAAGUGAAAAUGCUGACCUUACAACAGAGUAGCUUCAUCUCAUUCUGUCCUAACGACAACAAACUCCGAGGUUUUGCUAAUGGCUUCACGGUAAUGUCGAAAAGGAGAGACUUUUCAGAGAAAUCAAACGAAGAACGACCCGUCUUGCGAAUCAAAGUCCCCAACACUAUCCUCGCUCGAUCUGCGAUCGCUGUUCUGGGUUUGGGAUUCAUCGAUGCUGGGUAUAGUGGUGAUUGGUCAAGAAUAAGUGUGAUCUCCAAAGAAACAGAGGAAUUGUUGAAGAUUGCUGCUUUUCUUGUUGUUCCUCUCUGUAUCUUUCUUGCUCUUUCAUUUUCCGAUGAAUCAACUGAUUAGAGGUUCCUUCGUUCCUUCUAUACACUCGAUAUAUAGAUCUUUGUAUCAUGAAUUUGCUUAUGUAAUCUAGGAGCUUGAACAAUACUUGCAAGAGAAAGUGAGUUUUUGUUUACUUUUGAGUAACUUGGAUAGUACAUUGCGUCU